AUGAGAAUCAAAAAAGCAACAGCUCGUUAUGGUAAAUCUUACUUUCUAGCUGUCGUUAUUUUGUAUGUUCAGCUGGUAUCAUCACCACAGAAUGCUUCUGCUCUCGCUAGUUCUACUUCUAGUGAAGCAGAGGCUCUUCUGAAAUGGAAAGCCAGCUUUCCAAUCCGAAUCCACAAUAACCUGACCUCAUGGACUUACACUCCCAGUAAUUCCACCGGUCCAAAACCAAAAGGAUGCCCCUUCCAUCAUUGGACUGGAGUUUCAUGCAACAAUGCAGGAAGUGUCAACAGAAUAAACCUCACCAAUUCUGGUAUUCAAGGUACGCUGCAUGAGUUCCCAUUCCUCUCAUUACCUAAUCUUGAGUAUGUUGACCUUAGCUUCAAUACACUCUUUGACGUCAUCCCUCCACAAAUUGGUUCCCUCCCAAAGCUCAUCUAUCUUGAUCUGUCUUCUAAUCAAUUGUCUGGGAGAAUCCCACCAGAAAUUGGGCACCUAUCUAAUUUGGUCGAUCUUCAAAUCAAUACCAACUAUCUUUCUGGCCCCAUCCCUCCAACUCUUGGAAACUUAGAAGAGCUAGGUCUGUUGUACUUGAACAACAAUAAUCUUUCUGGCUCUAUCCCUCCAGAGAUUGGAAAUUUGAAGUCGCUAGUUGCAUUGUGCUUUCAAACAAACAAUCUUUCCGGCUCAAUCCCCACAUCUUUAGGUGAUCUAGCAAACCUUGCGUAUCUCUAUCUCUAUGAAAAUCAACUUUCUGGAACCAUUCCAAAAGAGUUGGGGAACUUGAAAUCUAUGGUAUAUCUGUCAUUGAGCACGAAUCAUCUAAAUGGUUCAAUUCCUCCAUCUCUAGGUGAUCUAACAAACAUGACCACUCUCUAUCUCUAUCACAAUAAACUUUCUGGCAUCAUUCCUAGAGAGAUAGGGAAACUUAUAUACCUUGAGGAUCUACAAUUGGACACAAAUCAACUUAGUGGUCCAAUUCCCACUUCAUUUGGUCAAUUGAGCAACUUGUACUCCUUAAUCCUCCGGGAUAACCAACUUUCUGGCUCCAUUCCUCAGGAGGUGGGGAAUUUACUGAAGUUGGUUGUACUGCAGUUGGAUACGAACCAAUUUUCUGGUCAUUUGCCCCAAAAUAUUUGUCGCGGUGGGUUUCUAGAAAAUCUUUCAGCACAGACCAACAAUUUUACUGGUCCACUCCCUAGAAGCUUGAAAAAAUGCAAGUGCUUAGUCAGAGUCCGCCUUGAAGAUAACCAUUUCACAGGUAAUAUAUCUAAGCAAUUUGGUGUCUAUCCAAAUCUUCAAUUCAUAGACCUAAGCCACAAUAAGCUAUACGGUGAAAUCUCACCUCGCUGGGGACAAUGUUCAAAGCUACAAACCCUACGAAUUGCAGGAAACAAGCUUACUGGUAGUAUACCACCUGAGAUUGGCAACGCAACCCAAAUUCAAAGACUUGAUCUUUCUUCAAAUGGUUUAGUCGGGGUGAUUCCUAAUGAGAUUGGGAAAUUGACUUCUUUGUUGAAUCUGAUGUUGAACGACAAUCAACUCUCAGGUGGUGUACCUUUGGAGUUCGAAGCAUUCACUGAUCUCUUAUCACUUGAUCUGUCCACCAACAAGUUCAAUAUGUCGAUUCCAAGCAUUUUGGGUGACUUGUUGCAGUUGACCUUCUUGAAUCUAAGCAACAACAAGUUCUGUCAAGAAAUUCCAUUUCAGUUGGGGAACUUAGUUCACCUCUCCCAACUAGAUUUAAGUCACAAUUCACUUGAGGGUAGGAUACCACAGCUCAGCAAACUCCAAAGCUUGGAGAAGCUGAAUCUUUCACACAAUAAUCUUUCUGGUCUCAUCCCCAAUUUUGAUCAGAUGAAUGCCCUGGAUUUCAUUGACAUGUCGUACAAUCAGUUGCAGGGUCCUGUCCCUAAUAACAAAGCAUUUCAACAUGCCCUCUUGGAAGGUAACAAAGGAUUGUGUGGCAAUGUCAGAGGACUUCAACCCUGCUUUAUUCCUACAGUGGGAAAUAAACAUUCUUCAACAAAGGAACGAAAGCUCAUGCUUUUGAUCAUUUCCCUUAUAUUGGGAGUAUUGCUCCUUGCUUCCCUUGGAAUUGUCCUUAUUAGACAAGGAAGAAGAAAAAGACAGGAAACAGAACAUGGUGAUAUGCAGAAUGAAGUUUUCUCAAUAUCCGACUUCGACGGCAAAAGAGUGUACGAGGAGAUCCUCAAGGCAACCAAUAGUUUUGAUGCCAGCCAUUGCAUCGGAAAAGGAGGAUCCGGAAGUGUCUACAAGGCAAAGCUACUAUCAGGAACCAUAGUUGCAGUGAAGAAACUCCACCCAAUACUUAGUAGUGAGGAGACAUCUCAUAAGGCAUUCCUUUCCGAGAUAAGGGCACUAAUGGAGAUAAGGCAUCGAAACAUUGUGAAACUUCGUGGUUUCUGUUCACAUUCACAUCACUCUUUUUUGGUCUAUGAGUACCUAGAAAAAGGUAGCUUGGCUGCAAUCUUGAGCAAAGAAUACGAAGCUGAAAAACUGGAGUGGAGCACAAGGGUGAGGAUUGUGAAAGGUGUAGCACAUGCCCUGUCUUAUAUGCAUCACGAUUGCUCUCCACCUAUUGUUCAUCGAGACGUAUCAAGCAACAACAUACUGCUGAAUUACGAAUAUGAGCCUGUUGUUUCAGACUUUGGCACCGCCAAGCUUCUAAAUCCAGACUCAUCGAAUUGGACUGCUCCAGCAGGCACAUAUGGAUACAUAGCACCAGAGUUAGCUUACACAAUGAAGGUAACCGAGAAAUGUGAUGUUUAUAGCUUUGGGGUGUUGGCACUGGAAGUGAUCAUGGGAAAGCAGCUGGCUGAGUUCCUCUCCUCCUUUUCGACCCCCACCGGCAAUGGAGAAAUGCAGCUGAAUGAUGUAUUGGACCAGCGCCUACCCGCUCCUACACCUAAUGUUCAGAAUGAACUGAUAACAAUUGCAAGGCUAGUAAUUGCAUGCAAACAUUCCCACCCACAAUCUAGGCCAACAAUGCAAAUGGUUUCCCAGGUGUUGUCAUCCCAAGGUGCAAAUUCCUCUAGACUACCAGAGAUUACUAUUGAACGACUCAUUACUUAAGAUCUUAAAUGUGUGAUCUACGAGUGUGGGCACAACAAUGACUUAGGAUUCAUAUGUACGUAUGAA